AUGCGGGCGGCGCUCUCUGACGGACGGUCGCGUAGCGGUGGCGAGGAAAAGCUCAUGGUGCUGGAGGAAAAAGCACCGACCAGCAAGCCCAAGGAGGAACCAACGUUGGUGGCCCUGGCGGAAGCUUCGCUUGUCGCCGACGUAGACGAAGAGGAAACCAAGGAAUUGGAGGAUGAAAAAGAAACCGAAAUGCCAAUAAAAGAAGAGUCAUCACUGCUGCCCGAAAAUGUUAACCAGCAACAAGAGAAAGAUCAAUCCACUGGAUUGUUGUGUAGUUGGGGUGACGUGUCGUGGGGAGCUUCCAAUUCAAUUCUUCCUUGGGUGGGCUUUAUUCGUGGUCAGGAACAGGAAGGUGUUUUGGGGAGCUAUGCAGUACACUUUCUUUGCAUAUGGCAUUCUUAUACACCAGGGCAAGUGCUUAAUGUUGGUGAUGGGAACUUGGAUGACAAACAGGUGAUGUGCCAAAUAGGAGUAUUUGAUUCAACCGUCAAUGGUGGGAUGUUGGCAGGAGAUGUUGGUGCUAGAAGUCUGGUUCGAGCACUUGGACGAAAUUGGAGGAAGAGGAAACACGAGCAAGGACAUAAUUAA